AUGGCUAAUAGAUAUAGUAUUUCAACUUGUAGAAUAUAUGAAAUUUGGAAAAGACAUGCUGAAGGUAUACCCUUGCGCAAACAGCAACUAAUACAUAGUAUUGUUUCUUCUGAGAUAAUGUCUGAAAAUAAUACUUUGGAUAGAAAAUCAAAGAAAAGAAAACCAGGAUCCAGCUCUAGAUCUGUUCGAGUAUCUGAUUUAGUUAAUAUUAUUAGGAUGGAGGCUAGCUUUUCAGCUAAUAAAGUUGGUAUAACUGAUAUUCCGAUAAAAAAAGUAGAUGAAAUAGAUGACUUACAAAGUAAUGGCUCUUCAAGCCUACAUACUGUUUUAAUAUCAGAUUUGUUAUAA